AUGCUGUUGAAGCUGACGGAUGUGGUUCUGGACAAAUUGGGAAAAACUCUACCAGCAAAAGUUGAUCUUCGGAUGGUGAUGGAUCUCCUUUCUUUAUCACUGGUUCAGUCCUCUCUAAACGAGUUUUUUAAUAAAGAAGUGUAUUGGCAGCGGCUGAUGACCAAACAUCUUUGGAUCGAUCGGAAAAUGUUUCGCUCCAAAGAUGAUAUACUUUUUUUACUGAACAAUACACCAAGUUGUCCACAAGAAACAUUUGAUUACGGAGAGAAAAUCCUGAGAUUUGCCACAUUUUCAAACGAUGGAUCGAUGCUUGCUGUCAUUGGAAACGAGUGUAGAUUAUGGGUAUAUCGAGAGGAAGAAGAGAUUUUAUUCGUUCAGCUUCAUGAAAAAAGAAGAUGGAAUAAAGUGCUUUCUGUUGAAUUUUCUCCAGAUGACAAUCAUAUUCUAAUUGUUGGAUUUAUGGAAGAAAUUCUAGCGAUGCGUCGGAAAAAUGAAGCAUGUGUGUACGAACUUGGAGAAGAUCAUGCGCGUCUCCAUUCAUUUAAUUACCUUGAUCAGGGAAUGCUCAGUACAUGGUUGGACAAUAAACACAUUUUAUAUAUGUCGAAUAAUGGAAUGAGAGACAGAAUGCGAAUUUUCAUCAGCUCCAUUGAUAUCUCCUCCGAGAUUAUGAUUUUCCCAAUUCUCACGUUUAACACUCGUGUCACUAAAAUUUUGGUAGCCCAGCAUGUUUCUCCAAGGACCCGCAAAAUCACACAAAUCGCAGAUCAAGCACAAGAAGAAGGGAAAACUCUUUCCCAAAAAUUGUUCGAAAUCGGACUGGAGUCAGGAGUCGAUGUGAAUAACAUGCAAGAGCUGCGAGCCAUUUUGGAUCAAGAGUCGCAGUGUAUGCCAUGCUACAGAUUGCACUCUCAUCAUGACGCCGUUUCCCAGAGAAAUUGUUCAUGUCAGUGUCAUCACAACACUGACAAACUUCUUAUUUUCCAUGGAAACGACGAUCGUUUACAUAUCAAAGUGAUUACUCAUCGACUUCUUGAAAGAGCUAAGCAAGCUUGGAGACAACGUGGUGACGUGGAAGAGGAUGCUGACCAGAACCGCCUAUUCUCUCCACUGCUACAUUGUACAUCAUUUGAUACCGUGGAUCAUGUUUUUCGAACUGGGUUUUCUCUAUUGAAAAGCUCCAUGUGCUUUUCUCCAGAUCACAGAUAUCUUUAUGUUACCGGAACUCGAGAAGCUGAAAAACCUAAAGAUCCAAUAAUGGAGAUUAAACCAACUUGUCUUGAUCUCGAAACAAUGGUAAUUAAAAGCACACCGGAUUUUUCAAUUCACCCGUGGGUAGAAUAUGAUUAUAGUGCCUGUAUCACUGCAAACAACGACUUUGUAGCUUUAUUCACUGGAAAGGAUGUAUUACUAUGGUCAUCAUUUCAUCGUGGAUAUCCAACAAAAAUUUUGUCGGAUUUCAACUGGCCUAUUUCUUCCGUUGCUCUCCAUCCACUGAAAAAUGAACUCGUUGCUACUUGCCAAACGGAACUUCGCUAUUUUCAAAGCCCAGUAUUGAAAAUUGAAAAUAAUUCAACACAAACUUGA